AGCCUCUCAAGAGCUGGAAUUACAGCUGGGAAAUUCUUGCAAACACAAAGGAAGUGAAUGAGGAAGAAGCUCAGAGGAGAGCCAGGCAAACUUGGUGCAUGCUUUCCUGAGCCGGGCUUCACAUUUCUAAGCAGCAUUGAGUUUGGAAACGACUGAGACAUGACCACGUGUCUGUUCCCUGCCUUGCUCCUCCUACUCCUCCCAGGCUUCUCUACUGCAAAGAAAGAUAUCACUGGUCCAGAGAAAGUGAGUGGCCAUGAGUGGGGCUCACUGACUGUGGAAUGUCAUUAUUCCUCAAAGUGGAAGACCAAGCCGAAAUGGUGGUGUUGAGGAGCUAGGUGGAACAGCUUCAAGGAGCUGAUUAAAACCAAUGGAUCAGGGGCUGAGAAGGAGGAGAAGAAGGGACGCUUGUCCAUCUGGGACAACCAGAAAGAUCUCAUGUUCAGUGUAACUAUGAAGGAUCUCAGGAGAGAUGAUGCUGGUAGUUACUGGUGUGGGAUUGAAAGAAUUGGAAUUGACCUUGGAGCCCUAGUUCAAGUGACCAUUGGUCCAGGUAAAUGUGUGUAUGUGUGGUUGUAUCUCUGAGACCCCACAUGAGUAAGCUAACUGUCACCAGAGUGACAUAUUGCAGAAGGGGGUUCAGUCCUGAGGGCUAAGGCCUUUCUUCCGAGAUCCCGGUCCUGUCUUCUGACAGGUAGAAGAUGGUGGAGAAGGAUGACAAUUUUCUCCUCUUAGCACAACACACACAACCCCACCUUAUCCCACACAGAAUUAUAUUAGAAGUAUUUUCAUGUGCAUAGAGAUGAAGUACUUUAAUACAAAGUAAAUUAUGGAACCUGUA